AUGCCGGGCGAGGGCCCCCCCUCAGGCACCAUCCCUGGGUGGGCGUGCGAGGGGCCGGGGGCCGGCGGCAAGAACCGGCGCGUGUGCCACGCUGCGGCACGGCUGGAGAUGGGCAGCCUCUGGGAGGAGUUCAACCGCCUGGGCACCGAGAUGAUCGUCACCAAGGCAGGCAGGAGGAUGUUCCCCACCUUCCAGGUGAAGCUGUCGGGGCUGGACCCGUCGGCCGACUACGUCCUGCUGAUGGACUUCAUCCCGCUGGAUGACAAGAGAUACAGGUACGCCUUCCACAGCUCCUCCUGGCUGGUGGCCGGCCGCGCCGACCCGGCGGCCCCCGGCCGCGUCCACUUCCACCCCGACUCGCCUGCCAAGGGGGCCCAGUGGAUGCGGCAGAUCGUCUCCUUCGACAAGCUCAAGCUCACCAACAACCUCCUGGACGACAACGGCCACAUCAUCCUCAACUCCAUGCACCGCUACCAGCCCCGCUUCCACGUGGUGCUGGUGGACCCCCGGCGCGACAGCGAGCGCUUCGCCCACGAGAACUUCAAGUCCUUCAGCUUCCCCGAGACCCAGUUCAUGGCAGUGACAGCUUACCAGAACCACCGGAUCACCCAGCUGAAGAUCGCCAGCAACCCGUUCGCCAAGGGCUUUCGGGAUGGGGAGCCCGAGCCAUGCGUCUAUGUGGGGGCCAAGCCCCGCGCUGGCCCCUACCCGCUGCCCCCCCUGCGGCCAGCCAGCUUCAGCAGCGCCGCGAGCACCUUCGGCUAUGGGCAGCAGUGA